GAGGAGCAGCCCCUGAAUUUGGACACAGUCCAGCUCUGUAAAAACGCAGUGAUUUCCCUGGUUCAGCUCUCGGUAAUCCGACGAGUCUCAUGUUGGAUCUCCGGCUUCUGUUUUCAAGGUCGUCCACUUUCAGCAGGAGUUCCUGACAGUUUAGUUCAAUAACAAGUGGCCUCCCAACUUGUUAGUGAGGAAACCACUUCCUCAACUUUACUAAUACGAGAUUCUGCUGAGGUGAGGCUCUCGGAAAACACUCCGAUUGCAUCUUUCAUUUCUUCAUGUAAACUUUUCGCAGCAGUGUAAAAUGCAAACCAACUUCCAGAUAAUCCAAACUGUUGUACAACACUGAGUUAUAUUCAGCAAAUCUAAGGAGGACCUCCUGCUGGAAAACAUGUCUGACAGCAUACAAACAAAAAGGAGAAGAACAGAUCCACAAACUAUCCUCUGUGACAUGUGUAUAGAGGACAGGAAACCAGCAAAGAAGACGUGCAUGAAGUGUGAGAUCUCCAUGUGUGUCCAGCACCUCCAGGCCCACCUGACCACACCUGUGUUACUGCAGACUCAUCCUCUGACUGAACCCAUGGACUUUAUGUGGGAACACCAAAUGUUCUCAGCACGGCAAGCUCCUGGAGUACUACUGCUUGGACGACAUGACCUGUGUGUGUGUUUCCUGCGCCAUUGAGGACCAGCACCGCCUACACAAUAUGAAGACCUUCUCCACAGCCCACAAAGAGCUCCUGGAGAAGCUGAAAGCUGAGCAGCUGAUCUUACAGGAGAAAACAGACGAUGAGAAUGUGAGUCUGGAAAAGUGGGAGAAGAGUGAAAGAGAGAAGCUGGGUCGCUGCAGUGUGCGUCUGAUUGAGGCUGUGACUAAGCUGCGUGACAUCUCUCUGACCAGCGUCCAGAGCUCGGUCUCUGCUCGUAUGGUGUCCCUGAAAACCAGCAAGAGCAGCCUGGAAGCAGCACAGAAGGAGAAGGACACCUUCAGAUUCCUGCAGAUGUAUUCUCAGGUGCAUCAGGAUGUGGAGAAGGCCAAAGCUGUGGAUCUGAGAAAAGGGCUGGAGCCGGGCAGCCAUCGGGACAAACUGGUUGAGGAGAUGAGACAGAAUGGGGAGAAGAUGGUGAAGCAAGCGUCUCAGUUCUGGGGAUCAUUGCUGACUCUGGUUGAUCCUGAACACCACCAGGAGCUUGUUCCCACUGGUUCACACCUGAUCUUUGAGCCACAGUCUCUGGGUCCUGGCAUGUCGCUGUCCAAAGACAACAGGAAGGUUUUCCACAACAGCUGGCUGGGACAGUGCUGUGCAACUCUUCUAAUCUGUAGUACCAAGACAGCCAGCAGCUUUCAGAGGUGGGUGGUCAGUCUGCCUGAAGAGUCUGAUUGGACGAUUGGUUUAUGUGAUAAAAGUGUGCAAAGAACUUGAAGGAUGGAGCUGUGUAUGGA